AUGGAACAACCAUCGUCAAGCUCAAAAGUUACAGUGGAAUAUUUUGAUCCUGAUAACGUAUAUCCGCUCUUGUCGUCAGGACUUCUACCUCGACUUCCACUACGAAACUUACACUGGGAAUCGCAUGCUGGACCUCUCCGUUCCAUAUCCUCCCUCCAUGUCGACCUCAUCAAAUACAAUCUAGACUCCGGUCUGGAUCCACCGGUAGUACCUCUUAAUUUGAGUACGAUCGACCUCUCACGAGUAAGAAGUACAGAUUCUGGCAUCAGCGCAGAUGAUGGUUUCCGCACACAAGCAAUUGGCCAAGCUGCCGUUGACAGGCCUCCCACACUUUCUCGAUCCAGUACCACAAAUUCGGUCGUCAAAGGUCGUAGACAUCAAAUUCCUGGUCUAAGGCAGACACCAUACUUGAAGAUUUUAUUUUUACGCUGUGAUGAUAACGACACAUACAAGUCUCAGGGUCGGAAGCAGGUUCGAGAAUGGAUAAAGGAGCACACCCCGACAUCUGCAAGCAAGUUCAAUUCGCAGGAAAACCAUGACAACUUUGAAUAUCUCAUUGUUCAUGUAAUUGUUCCAAAUACUGCAGCGGCUACGCAGCCUAGAACGAGUGGAAAAAGUGCAGAUGGUAGUUCUGGAUCCACCAGUGAGAAGUCUACAGCACGUUGGAGAGGCGGAGGAUCAUCUACGAUUCUUGAGAAACUAAGAGCAGACUUCAACGGCUCAACGAAGUAUGGUGUUGAUCGGGUUGCUCAGAUUCGCAUCGGCAUAAAUGAUGUCCCAUAUAAUAUGCUUCCCCGUGUUGUACCAGCAAUUCCCGGCUCCUAUACGGAAACGCCACAAGAGAAUGAAAAUGCCUGGAUUGAUCUCAUUUCGAAGCUCAAAUUCUUGAUAUUGCAGUCAUUUGACAUGCGGGUAACUCAGUACGAAGAAAACAUUCGUGAAAAGGAUAGUCAGAGAAUUCUACCCGGCUGGAACUUCUGUACUUUUUUUGUACUCAAAGAAGGUCUGGCAAGAGGAUUUGAGAGCGUUGGUUUGAUUGAAGAUGCUUUAGUGGGUUAUGAUGAGCUUUCUAUUGGUUUGGACACAAUCGUUAGAGACCAAGCUAUCGCAGAGUCCGGAACCCAACAUGGCGGCGCUUUUCUACCCUACACCGAAGAGCUUAAACUACAGGCAGAGCGAGCUAGAGAGGCUAUAUUGAAAGAUAUAGGCUUGGAAGGUACAGGAUCAGAGUCAGAGGAGCCGUUUGAUCUACAGUCUAUGGGCGGGGCGAUCGAGAAGGAAGAGGAUGAGAUACCAAUUAAUGCGUCCAAGAAGCGAUACCGAGAACUCAUUCUUGCGAAUGACGUCUCGGUAUUUGACUUUCGUUGCUAUAUAUUUGCUCGCCAGUUGACUCUCUUACUACGAUUAGCAAAUGCAUGGUUUACACAAGCAGAAUUACUCGCAAAGCUAAAAGAGCAGCGAGAAUCAAGCCUACUUGGUGUAGCUGCUAGAUUUCCAACUUCACAACCCUCAGAUGAUACUGAGAACCUUGCUGUGCUUGGUGAGGUUUGUAAGCGAGCAAUGGACUUCAUCGCUGCUAUAUCAAAUAUCAUGCGUGAGGAUAUUUGGAGUGGCUAUUUCCAUUCUCAAAAAGAGAUUUCGUACGAGAAGGCAAAAUCUGAUUUUAAAUCAGAUCCUGUAAUGAAUCAAGUGAUUGAAAAUGUAGUUUCCUCUUGCACCUUUUCUCUUGCUCAGCAGAUACUUGCACAAACUUCAACAAAGGCGUUACCUAUACCACCUUCGUCAUUGGCGCCUCCUGGUGGCGGUGCAGAGUCCAAAUCUGCAAUACCCGAACCCAAAACUAUGAUGCACCCUGCUAGGACAACUUCUCUCGCACUCCGAUCGUCAUCACGAGAGCCUCCAAGUCCCGGACUAUUUCCUGCAGGUCGAAGAGCUAGUGUAACUGGUUCUAAUGUAGGUUCGUCAACCUUCCUCAAAAAUGGGUUGGAGGAUCUUGCUGCCCAUCGAGCCGAGCUUUACUUGCUCUCUCGGAGUGUUCUAGAACAUGUUGGUAAACAACGUGAAUGGACUACCGGUUGGGAAGAUGUAAACAAGCACCAAAACGAUGAUGUGGGAGCCAUGGAAGUUGUUAGUCUUGAUGAGAAGGCUUCAUCAGACAAAGACGAGCUGACUGUCUCAACUCAAAUUCCGCCUUCGUUACAUGGUAUUGACAGCAAGUUGCUCCGGACAGCACUAGAUAAUAAGGAUGACUUCUAUCGUCUAUAUGAGACUCUAACUGAUAAAGCACUUCGACAUUAUACUGUGGCAAAUCGGACACAGUCUGUGCAAACCAGCAUGGCAGAUCUGGCUAUUCUCAAGUACCACUUAGCAGACUAUGCAGCUGCUGCUUCAUACUUUUAUCGCAUUACUCCGUUCUAUGGAGAUGCUUCGUGGACACAAGUCGAGAUAUCGCUGCUAGUAAUGUACGCCAAAUGCCUCAAGGAAUUAAGUCGCAAUGAUGAAUAUGUCAAAGUCGUACUAAAGCUUCUUGCGAGAGUGGCUAUGAUGGAAAAAGACAAACUUACCAGGAAAUCAGCUUUUGAAAUCGGUCGAAUGGGCACAUUUGACAAAGGAGAUGUUAUGCUCAGUGAUAUAUAUCUAGAUGAAUUGUUACAAAUCACACAAACCCUGUCUUGUGACAUUUGCGUACCGUUGCAGGACUACUUUGGCAGGACUGAAGUAGAUGGGACUCCACAAUACCAUCCCAGCCAGGAUAGCUUCGGAUUACAGCUUCGACUCCAGUACCUGCUGAAAGAAGACCUUAACAUCGACAAGGCUCGAGUGAGGAUUGUCCCAUUAUUGGGUGGUCCCGGUCGAGAAAUCUGGCUCGAAACGAAUGAGGCAGUUCUAUUCAAAACGGGGUGGAAUAAACUAUACGCUCAAAGCAAUAUCUUAAUUCCCGGCUCUUACCAAGUUACACAUGUCGUUCUUUAUAGUAGUAAAAUUGUCAUGGAGUAUUCGCAUGACAAUAUUGGGCAUCUAUCGACAAGAGGCAGCAGCUUUUUCAAGUGCCCGAAGCUACUUCUCUACCACCGAGCGGAGGCUUUCAACGCCAAGCUCUUCGCCUCCAAAUGUAUGUAUCUAGACCAGAAUCGUUCUCUGGAAAUUGAGUUGUCGUCUGGGUGGAAUAUUGUCACAAGUGGCCAGCUUCAGAUUCGCGCGGCAACAGCUGGGCUGCGACUUCAAACCAGUGAAGUAUCGGUCAUCGACGGACAAGUCGAUAUUUCAAAAAAACCAGAGGCAGGUGUCGUUCACUUUGGUGCUAUGGAAUCGGAGACUCUUGCAAGGAUACGAGUACCAUUCAAUCUUGAACAUGAGGUGAAUGAAGUCACACUCCGACUUGAGAUAUCAUACACAACAAAAGAUGGAGAAUUUUCCUUCGCAACCACUUCAUCGGUGUCAAUUAUGCUUCCAUUGGGCGUUAAUGUCCAAGACGUUUUUAAGCACAAAGCAUUAUUCUCGAAAUUUACCAUCUCGACAUCCACAAAUAGCCCACUUCGACUUCUUAGCUCUAAAUUGGAAAGGUCGGAAGUUUUCGAGGCGCAAUGUGGGCUUGGUCUAACAAGGCCUCUCACCAUAUUUCCUCGUCAGCCAGCGUCGCUUUUAUACAAAAUCACAGAAACAAAUUUGCCUCCUUCCCCAACUGCUCGACGUAAGUCCCAGAAACCGAGAACUCUAUCUCUUAUCUUACAUUAUGUUUGCCUUGAUGAAGAAGUUUAUGAUGUCGUGGCACAAGUUUUGGGAGAUUUUCUCGAGGGCAACUCAUUACGACCAUAUGCUCGCCUGAUAAUACCCGUUAUCCUUUCGGAGCUUCGAACACAUUUCCUACCAUAUGAUUUUGAAAGGGCAGCCAUUCUUGGUGAGAUACCUACUUCGGCUAUUCUCAACAUCAGAUGGCAUGAUCACUUUUCGGGUCUGGGCAACUCUAUUGAACAAGAUCAAGAUACUGCCGUGCUUAUUGGAAAAAUGCUCAAGGCAUGGCAGAAACAAAACUCUGUUAUCCCUUUGCCGCUUCUAUCUAUCGAUGAUGAUGCAAUCUCGAAAAGCAGAUCCAUCGUAAUUCCUGUGGACGUCCCUUCAGUGAUGGUGGUGCAUACUGCUGAUAUACGUCUGCUUCAGACAGCAUCAAUAGCAUCUAGUAGUGCUGUAGCAGCAGCGAACGAACCGAUACCAGCAUCCUUACACCUAAAGUCAACACGGAACUGGGAUACUGCCUCUCAAGAUGAUAUCACAAGCCCAGAAGAAGACCUAGAAUUCGUCUAUGAGGUUACAGGUCCAUCAGACACCUGGCUUAUUGGUGGUAGGCGAAAAGGUCACUUUAAACUUCACAGAGAGAUAGAUGGAAGGAAUCAUAAGUUAGCUUUUCCAAUUGUAUUGAUACCCCUCCGAGAAGGAUUUCUACAAUAUCCUACCGUGGAGAUCAAGGCACUUCCUUCUAUCAGAAAUACCAGGCCAGGAUCGCCGGGCGACGGAGAGGAAAGUGUCAAAGGUAAGCCACGGCUUGUGACCUGCGAAACUGACUGCAAGAAUACUGGAGAGACUAUCAGGAUUAUAAGUGAUGCUAGGAAGACAACUAUGAGUUUGGAUGCUAGUGGACCGCAGGGCGGAGCCUGGUUAUUGGAAAGCGAGAGAAGACCAGCGGGAGAUGGAGGUGUUGUGAUAGACUAA